AGAAAGAGAGAGAUCGAGAUUUAAAAAGAAGCUGCGUCUGGCCGCCUGCGAAUUUGGGAUUGGUUUGGGAGGGACCUCUUGCUUACCCAGGGGAAAUGGAUUCUGUACCACGGCUCACCAGCGUUUUCACUUUGCUGUUUUCCGGCUUGUGGCAUUGGGGAUUAACAGCGACAAAUUACAACUGUGAUGAUCCAUUAGCAUCUCUACUAUCACCACUGGCUUUCUCCAGUUCCUCAGUUCAUUCUGGGUCUCACAGUCCAGCUCAACUCAACCGAAGAGUUGGAACUGGUGGUUGGUCCCCAGCAAAUUCCAAUGCUCAACAGUGGCUGCAGAUGGAUCUGGGUAACAGAAUGGAAAUUACAGCAGUGGCCACGCAGGGAAGAUACGGAAGUUCUGACUGGGUAACGAGUUAUAGCCUGAUGUUCAGUGACACAGGACGCAACUGGAAACAGUACAAGCAAGAAGACAGCAUCUGGACCUUUGCAGGAAACAUGAAUGCUGACAGUGUGAUGCACCACAAGCUAGCACACUCCAUGAGAGCCCGAUUUAUUCGAUUUGUACCCUUGGAAUGGAAUCCCAAUGGGAAGAUUGGCAUGAGGGUUGAAGUUUACGGAUGCUCCUAUAAAUCAGAUAUUGCCGACUUUGAUGGACGGAGCUCCCUUCUCUACAGGUUCAAUCAGAAGCUGAUGAGCACUCUUAAAGAUGUCAUAUCUCUGAAAUUCAAAAGUAUGCAAGGAGAUGGGGUCCUGUUCCAUGGAGAAGGUCAACGUGGAGACCAAAUUACCUUGGAGCUUCAGAAGGGGAGACUCAUCCUGCAUCUCAAUUUGGAUGACAGCAAGCCUCGGCUCAGCAGUAGCCCACCCUCAGUCACCCUGGGCAGCCUCCUGGAUGACCAACAUUGGCACUCAGUUCUUAUUGAACGGGUGGGCAAACAGGUGAACUUCACUGUGGACAAACACACUGUGCACUUCCGGACCAAAGGCGAGACAGAUGCCUUAGACAUUGAUUAUGAGCUUAGUUUUGGAGGAAUUCCAGUACCAGGCAAACCAGGGACCUUUCUAAAGAAAAACUUCCAUGGAUGUAUUGAAAACCUUUAUUACAAUGGAGUAAACAUAAUUGACCUGGCUAAAAGAAGAAAGCAUCAGAUAUUCACAGUGGGCAAUGUCACUUUUUCCUGCUCUGAACCACAAAUUGUUCCCAUCACAUUUGUCAACUCUAGCAGCAGUUAUUUGUUGCUGCCUGGAACCCCCCAAAUUGAUGGGCUCUCAGUGAGUUUCCAGUUUCGAACGUGGAACAGGGAUGGUCUGCUUCUGUCGACAGAACUGUCUGAGGGCUCAGGGACUCUGCUGCUGAGCCUGGAGGGUGGAACCCUGAGACUCGUGAUUCAGAAAAUGACAGAAUAUGCAGCUGAAAUUCUCACAGGCAGCAACUUGAAUGAUGGCUUGUGGCAUUCAGUUAGUAUCAACGCAAGAAGAAACCGCAUCACCCUCACUCUAGAUAAUGAUGCAGCUUCCCCGGCUCAGGACACUCCCCGGGUGCAUAUUUAUUCUGGAAAUAGCUACUACUUUGGAGGGUGCCCUGACAAUCUCACCGAUUCCCAAUGUUUAAAUCCCAUUAAGGCUUUCCAAGGCUGCAUGAGACUCAUCUUUAUUGAUAACCAGCCCAAGGACCUCAUUUCAGUUCAGCAAGGUUCCCUGGGGAAUUUUAGUGAUUUACACAUUGAUCUGUGUAGCAUCAAAGACAGAUGCUUGCCAAACUACUGUGAACAUGGAGGUAAAUGUUCUCAGUCCUGGACUAACUUCUACUGCAAUUGUAAUGACACAGGUUACAUUGGGGCCACCUGCCAUAACUCCCUUUAUGAGCAAUCCUGUGAAGUGUACAGGCACCAAGGAAACACAGCUGGUUUCUUCUACAUUGACACUGAUGGCAGUGGGGCAGUAGAACCUCUCCAGGUUUACUGCAAUAUCACAGAGGAUAAGAUCUGGACAUCAGUGCAGCACAAUAUCACAGAACUGACCCAUGUGAGAGGUGCCAACCCUGAGAAACCAUAUUCUAUGGUUUUGGAUUAUGGUGGCAGCAUGGACCAAAUAGAGGCCUUAAUUGAGGGCUCAGAACAUUGUGAACAAGAAGUGGCCUAUCAUUGCAAGAAGUCCCGCCUGCUCAACACUCCAGAUGGAACACCAUUUACUUGGUGGAUUGGGCGCUCCAAUGAAAGGCAUCCUUACUGGGGAGGUGCACCUCCUGGAGUCCAACAAUGUGAAUGUGGCCUGGAUGAGAGUUGCUUGGAUAUCAGACAUUUCUGCAAUUGUGAUGCAGACAAGGAUGAAUGGACAAAUGAUACUGGCUUUCUCUCCUUCAAAGACCACUUGCCUGUCACUCAAAUAGUUAUCACUGAUACUAACAGAUCAAACUCAGAAGCUGCUUGGAGAAUCGGGCCCUUGCGUUGCUAUGGCGACCGACAUUUCUGGAAUGCCGUAUCAUUUUAUACAGAAGCCUCAUACCUCAACUUUCCUACCAUCCAUGCUGAGUUCAGUGCUGAUAUUUCCUUCCAUUUUAAAACAACAGCUUUAUCGGGAGUUUUUCUAGAAAAUCUGGGUAUUAAAGACUUCAUCCGGCUUGAAAUAAGCUCUCCUGCCGAAAUCACUUUUGCCAUUGAUGUUGGGAAUGGUCCCAUAGAACUCAUAGUUCAGUCUCCUUCUCCUCUAAAUGACAACCAAUGGCAUUAUGUUCGGGCUGAGAGAAAUCUGAAGGAGACUUCACUCCAGGUCGACAGCCUACCAAAGAUGACCAAAGAAACUUCAGAGGAAGGUUAUUUCCAAUUGCAGCUGAACAGCCCAUUGUUUGUAGGAGGGACAUCAUCAAGACAGAAGGGCUUUCUAGGAUGUUUACGCUCCUUACACUUGAAUGGGCAGAAGCUAGACUUGGAGGAGAAAGCCAAGGUCACGAGUGGAGUUCGUCCAGGGUGUCCUGGUCAUUGUAGCAGUUAUGGCAGCACCUGCCACAACGGUGGCAAGUGUGUGGAAAAGCACAGUGGGUACUUCUGUGAUUGCACCAAUUCACCGUACGAAGGUCCCUUCUGCAGAAAAGAAGUUUCUGCUUUUUUUGAGGCUGGCACCUCAGUAACUUAUAUGUUUCAAGAACCUUAUCCAGUCACCAAAAAUAUAAAUCUUUCAUCAUCGUCAAUAUACAUAGAUGCAGCUCCAUCCAAGGAAAACAUUGCAUUCAGCUUCAUGGCAUCCCAGUCACCCAGUGUCUUGCUUUAUGUCAACUCUUCUCAGAACUUCUUGGCAAUCAUGCUCUGCAAAAAUGGAAGUCUACAAGUUCGUUAUCAGUUAAGCAAGGAAGAAACCCAUGUAUUCACUAUUGAUGUUGGGAACUUUGCCAACAGAAGGAUGCAUCACUUGAAGAUUAAUCGAGAAGGAAGAGAGCUUAUCAUACACAUGGAUCAGCAACUUCGAGUCAGUUAUAACUUCUCUCCAGAAGUGGAAUUCAAGGCUGUAAGGUCACUCACAUUGGGCAAAAUUACAGAGAAUUUUGAAUUGGAUUCUGAGGUUGCCAAAGCAAAUACCCUUGGUUUUGUUGGAUGCCUGUCUUCAGUCCAAUACAACCAUAUAGCACCACUGAAAGCAGCCCUGCGCCAUGCCACCAUCGCACCUGUGAAGAUACAAGGGCUGUUAACAGAAUCAAGCUGCAAUACCAUGACAGACCCAGAUGUGAAUGCAGUCACCACUGUACAUUCUUCAUCAGAUUCUUUCGGAAAGACAGAUGAACGCGAACCUCUCACCAAUGCAGUUCGAAGUGAUUCAGCAGUUAUUGGAGGAGUAAUAGCAGUGGUGAUAUUUAUCAUCUUCACUAUCAUCGGCAUCAUGACUCGGUUCCUUUAUCAACAUAGGCAGUCACAUCGUACUAACCAGAUGAAGGAGAAAGAAUAUCCAGAAAAUUUGGACAGCUCCUUUAGAAAUGACAUUGAUUUGCAAAAUACAGUGAGCGAGUGUAAGAGGGAAUAUUUUAUUUGAGCAACUGCUGAAUCACCUACUAUAUUUUGUUGUUAAAUUGUUCUCCUUCUCUUUCUCCGUUUUUAAUUUUGGUGACUCUUUAUAUUAUUUGUGUGUCAUUUGUUUCGGGAAUGUACUUGCAUCCACUGAAGCAUUUUUUUUUUCACUUAACCAAGUCUAGAAGACCAGGCAGCUACUGACACUGCCUUUCUUUCUCUUUGACUAACUUAAUAUAGUGAUGAUGAUCACUCAAGAGAUGGAUUUACUAUGCUAGACAACAAGAGACGAGUGUAUGUACAUGUGCAUAUUCAAUUCUGUAUUCCAAAUUUUAAGAUGCACUUUUUAAUUUCAUAGUCAUCCUGUCUUGAACCUGGUGUGUGACUUCUAUCGUGAACAGUCAUCCUUGACAUCUUUCACCACCUCAAGUCCCUUUAUUAGGGAACUCAGGGUAGAGAGAGAAGAUAAACACCCGUUUCAAUAGGAUUUUAAAAGGAAAAGGAGAGGAAGUGUUUUAUAUCAAUUUAAUUAAAUUAGGAAAUCCAUUAUCCUAAACCAACACUUUUUCAUUAAGUCUAUUAUCCUUUAAUUAUUUGAAUAUAUAGGAUUCCUGAUAGUAGUCAGGCUGCUAUUUUACUCCUUUCUUACCAUUCUCUCUUUGGGCUAACACUUUAGAACAGCACACAAUAAUGUAAACCUAGAGGAAGCAUGGAAAAUAGUAGCUAAACUAGAAGGUAAAAAGAAAGCUGCUAGGAAGUAGAUGCUCUAUAACUUGAAAAAUGACUCUUCCAAUUUUGUAAGAAAAGUUAGCUAGGUUAUUUCUGGGAUUAUUAUAUUGAGGUAAAAAAAUAAAAUAUAUUAUGUUGCUGCAGCAUUAAAAAAUGAAAGACUAAGAUAGUUUCCAAUUCCAUGACAGAACCUAAAACAUGUGCAUUCAAUUUAAAACAAACAAAAAGUAAACAAUAAAAAUUACAUGAAAGAAAAGAAAUACCAAACAGAAUUCUUCAAA